CGCCAAUAAUGAAUUCAUCCGACCAGCCCAACGGGUACGGGUCGGUUAAAGCGGGUAUUGUCGGAAAAGAUGGCGCGCUGAAAUACAACUUUUCUCCUUCAGCGGCUCUCCGAUUUUAACGGAUUUUUACAUAUACCCAUUACCCAUUUCUCUGUACAAAAACCAAGCCUAUUAUUACACUGUAAACACACGUAUGAUUAUCUAUCACAAAGAAUUAGUUUGUUGAGUUCGUUAUAUCUUCUUCAGGUAAAGUAAUUGAAAUAAAACCCACCAAGACUCGAUUUUUUCGUUUUUUUUCCCCAGAAAAAGGUGAGGUUUUGGAAGGAAAUAGAAAAAUAAUAAUAAGGACCCAUUAUUGUGAGUCCCCAAAAUAGCCUGCAGCACCAUUAUUUUUGUAUUAUUUGUUCUUUCUUGUUUACCUAAAAGGGUGGUGUUUGCAGGUGAGAUUUCUUUGUAAAGUUGUGAUCUUUAUUGCGUGUGAUAUUUUGGUUAGAAUUUUUUUAUGUUUAUAUUGGUGGAGAAUCUUGAAUUCGAGUCUUUUUGUGUGUGUGACAAUCCUCUUUAUUGUGCGUAAUAUUUUCGUUAGAAUAUUUAUGUUUAUAUUGGUGGAGAAUCUUGAAUUUGAGGGAAUAUGCAACAUAACAUUUUUACAACAAUGCGUAGUUUGAAGAUGAUGGAAGGGUGUAAGGGAACACAAGUUUAUGCCCUUAAUCAGUCUAUUGAUGGUGGGGGUGGGGGUGUAGGUGAGAAGUUUUUACAAAACCUGUUGUCAAAAAAUUCUAUUAGGUCUAGAUCCAAUAGUAAUUUUCAAGCUGUUCAAUCAAAAGAUGAGGUUAAUUCGGUUGUUUUAGCUGAAGCCUUUGCCAGUUAUGGCCUACCAAAAACGGAUCAACUUGAGCCCCAGAUUGAGUUUUGUCUCAAACCUAUGAACUUUGUGGAGACAUUAGCUGAUGUGUAUCGUAGGAUGGAGGGUUGUGCUCAGUUUGAUAAGUCAAGGAUGUAUCUUGAGCAAUGUGCCAUAUUUAGGGGCUUACCAGAUCCUAAAUUGUUUAGGAGGUGCCUUAUGUCAGCUAGGCUACACGCCGUUGAUGUGCAUUCCAAGGUUGUUCUUUCUGCCUGGUUGAGGUUUGAACGAAGGGAGGAUGAGUUGAUUGGUGUAUCGGCCAUGGAUUGUUGUGGCCGAAGCAUGGAAUGCCCGGGCAGUGCUUUGUUGGCGGGGUAUAAUCCUGAAUCAGCUACUGAUCCUUGUAUAUGUGACAGGGGUAUGAGAAAAGAUGAGGAUACUGAAAUUUACAUGGAUGAAGAAUGCUCCACUUCAUUGAGUCGUGGCGAUGAGGAGGACGAGGAUUUUGACAUGUCAUUUUGCAUUGGAGAUGAUGAGAUCAGGUGUAGGAGAUUUAACAUAGCAUCACUUUCUAGGCCAUUUGAAGCUAUGCUGUAUGGUAGCUUCAUUGACUCGCGAAGGGAGAAAAUAAAUUUUUCAAAAAAUGAGAUUUCCGCAAAGGGGAUGAAAGCUGCUGAGAUGUUUAGCAGAACAAAAAGCAUGGACUCUUUCGACCCAGACAUUGUCCUAGAGCUCCUGUCAUUAGCCAACAAGUUCUGUUGCGAUGGGAUGAAGUCUGUUUGUGAUGCGUAUUUAGCAUCUUUGGUAUUUGACAUGGAUACUGCUAUGUUGCUUUUUGAAUAUGGGCUGGAGGGGAAUGCAUAUCUUCUAGUGGCAGCAUGUUUACAGGUAUUUUUAAGGGAACUUCCAAAUUCAAUGCACAAUCCAAACGUGUCAAGGCUCUUCUGCAGUUCAGAAGGUAAAGACAGAUUAGCUUACAUAGGACAUGCUUCCUUUUUGCUGUACUAUUUUCUGAGCCAAUCAGCUAUGGAGGAUGACUUGAAAUCGAAUACAACGGUUAUGCUGUUGGAAAGGAUGGGAGAAUGUGCAAGUGAAAGCUGGCAGAAGCAACUAGCGUUCCACCAAUUAGGUUGUGUGAUGCUUGAAAGAAAAGAGUACAAGGAUGCACAGAAAUGGUUCGAGGCAGCUGUUGAAGCGGGUCAUGUUUAUUCCUUAGUAGGAAUUGCCAGAUCCAAGUACAAGCGCGGGCAUAUGUACAAGGCAUAUAAGUUGAUGAACUCCCUCGUAUCUGAUUAUACACCUUCUGGGUGGAUGUAUCAGGAGCGAUCAAUGUAUNAUGGACUCUUUCGACCCAGACAUUGUCCUAGAGCUCCUGUCAUUAGCCAACAAGUUCUGUUGCGAUGGGAUGAAGUCUGUUUGUGA